GUAUCGCAGCCGGUCGCUGUGCCGCUCCCCCCCGUCCCCCAUCCCGGUUCCCGUCUCUCCCCGCUCCGCCGCCUCCUUCCGCUGCCUCCGCGCGGCGCCGCUCGGGGUUUGUAGUCCGGCCUCGCUAUUCACGACGGUCUCUGCGCCGUUUCCGCACCGUAGCGUCCGGAGGGCGGGAUGGGGCGCUACGCCACGGCGACGGCGCAGCGUGCCCCUCCAGCCCCUGCACAGGAAUCCUGCCCUGCUGCUGGUUGUGGACAGCUGCCCGGAGCCCUUAUCGCUGGGAUCCUGCUGUGCUGCUGAGGCGCUGUUAUCCAGCACAGCGAGGGCCGGCAGCGCAGCGCUGAGCAGCCGCCUUGUUUGCAGGGGAACAGGGUGAUAAAUCACAGCCAAAGGGGCUGAAAACGCGAGUGGAGAGUGAGAGUCGACUCAGAAGCAGAACGAGCUCUGUCUGCGGGCAGGACCGAGCACCGACCCAUCGCCAGCCUGAUGCUGCAGGAAGCACGGAGCCUUCUGGGAGCUGUAGUUCAAGCGGACGCCAAUUGAGUGACCCAAAAUGUGAGAGCCUGGUGCAGCUGCCGCUCCUCCUGGCAGGCGCAGCACGUUGCCAGGGCUCAGUGCAGACCAUCUAGCAUGCUCCUCCAAGCGGGCCGUGCAGCUGGCGCCUGCAGCAGCCGUUCCAUUCCGGGGACACCGGGCUGAGCUCACACCAACUGGGCAUCGCACACACAGAGCUGAACUGCUUUGGCACUUCUGCAGCAGUUGGUGCAGAGAUCUCCACUUUGAAAGGCUGGCACAGCCUCAGACUGGAAGAUCUGCUGUUUACCAAUCAACACUCUGCUGCUUUGGACGCCUCUUCCUCUGCCUGCAUACUUAUGAAGAGUCAGUGCUGGGCAUUGAGUGCAGCUCAGCCCAACUCAGCUGACGUGUAUGUGUUUCUUCUGUGUUAAAGUUGGGCCAGAACCUGUUUCAAGGCAGCUGAAAGAAGGCUCUUCCUUUGCUUAUUGUCGGCCGAAGGCGUUUUCUGGCUCAGCGUGGCAAGCAGAACCGACCUUCCUUUCUCCAGUGAGUCUGGAACCUUACAGCAGCUCAUGCCGCAGCGUCUCGUCUAUCCCACCCGAACUGCCUGCGCCACUGGCUUGGACCUAACCUAGGAUAAAGCUCUGCGUGGCCUGGGUGGGGGGGAACCAUGGGGAGCUCUGCCUCAUCGCUGGCCGCAGAGACGGAGUCGGACCAUGGCUUCACUAGCCCACCCUACCCAGGGCACCCAGCUGUGGGCUGGUAUAGGAGUAGUCAUGGUGGUCCUGUUUGGGAAAGUGACCUUAUAACGCGGCAGCAACAGAAUUUACACCACCGGCUGCGAAGCCACUCCCACUCUCCCAGCUCCAUGGCUGCCGUGCACGAGUGGUCCUGCACCCGCUGCACCUUCCUGAACCCCGUGGGCCAACGGCAGUGCUCCAUAUGUGAAGCCCCGCGUCAGAAGCCGGACCUCAACCACAUCCUGCGGCUCAGCGUGGAGGAGCAGAAGUGGGCCUGUGCCCGCUGCACCUUCAAGAACUUUUUGGGCAAAGAAACCUGCGAGUUGUGCGGCUUCACUCCAGAGCCAGGGCCCAGCGGCUCUCCCCUGCCUGUCAUCAAUGGCAUCCUGCCCAAGCCUGCAGUGCUGGUGGAGCCCAAGGGCACAGCCAAGGAGGAGGCUGCCAAGGUGGAAAGCAGCAGUGAGGAUUCAGAGGGGAAGAGUCCCGAUGAAGCAGAGCUGGAGAGCGGCUGGGCUUGCCAGCGCUGCACGCUGCACAACACUCCAGUGGCCAACUCCUGCUCUGCCUGCGGCGGGCCACGCAAACUCUCCUUGCCCAAAAUCCCACCUGAGGCGCUGGUCGUCCCUGAGGUCAUCACUCCUGCUGGCUUCCACAUGCCCCCCUCCACCCCACAGUCUUUAGUCCCCACAGAGAUCUCUGAUGGUGACGCUGCGGCCACUCAGGGCCCGGUGGCGAUGGAACAAGAGGCACAGAAGAUGCCGGCCUUCAGCCCCUUCUCCCCUGGGCUGCAGAACAACCCAGUGCCCCGCAGCCGGCGCGAGGUCCCCCCCCAGCUGCAGAUGCCGGGCCCUGAAGCACCGCAGCCUGGGGCUCAGGGCACUGCGGGGCAGAAGGGCUCCCCACAGGGCCAGGCCAGGUCUGCACCAGCUGCCCGCCUCCAGGAACUGCUGUCCAACAAGCGGCUGAGCGUGUUGGAGGAGGAGAUGGACGUCAGCCCGUCCCACUGGAAGUGCAGCACCUGCUCCCUGCUCAACUCUGCCGGGGCCAGUAAAUGUGAGGCCUGCAGCACCCAGAAAGGCAGCGACACCAUCAAUUUGGUGGGGGACUCGGUGAGAUUCACCCCCUGUAGCCCCUCCAGCCCUGACUUCACCACCUGGUCCUGUUCUAAGUGCACACUCAAGAACCCAACCGCAGCCCAGAAAUGCAAAGUCUGCGGUUCCUCCAAGCUUCACGGCUUCCAGGAGCACAGCCCACAGGGUGAGCCGUCCCCCCGCUGCCCUGAGUGUGGGGCUGGCGAGAAGGGCAGCUGCUCUUCCUGUGGCACUAAGGCACCCUCUGCCCGCAAGGUCGCCCGCCUCUUCCCAUCCCAGCUGCCUGGCACUCAGGACCGGCCGGGCCAGUGGGCUUGUCCUGCGUGCACCCUGCUCAAUGAGCUGAAAGCCAAGCACUGCGUGGCCUGCCAUACCCCGCAGCAGUACGUGGCUCAGCGCAAGGGACUCAAGCCCCUCAAAAGGAGGGAGAGCAUGCAUGUGGAAAAGAGGAGGCAGACUGAUGAAGGAGAAGCCAAGGCCCUGUGGGAGAACAUUGUGACCUUCUGCAGGGAGAACAAAGUCAAUUUUGUAGAUGACAGUUUCCCCCCUGGGCCCAAGUCUGUGGGGUUCCCGGAAGGUGACAGCGUGCAGCAGAGGGUGAAGCAGUGGUUGAGACCCCACGAAAUCAACUGUAACAUCUUCAAAGACCGAUCAGUGAAGUGGUCGGUGUUCCGGACACCCAGACCCUCAGAUAUCCUUCAGGGACUGCUGGGAAACUGCUGGUUCCUGAGCGCCCUGGCCGUGCUGGCUGAGCGACCAGAGCUGGUGGAGAGGGUGAUGAUCACACGGACGCUGUGCCCCGAGGGCGCCUACCAGGUGCGGCUCUGCAAGGAUGGCACAUGGACCACAGUGCUGGUGGACGACAUGCUGCCCUGCGACGAGUGCGGGUACCUCCUCUUCUCACAGGCCCAGAGGAAGCAGCUGUGGGUCGCGCUCAUUGAGAAGGCCCUGGCCAAGCUUCAUGGUUCGUACUUUGCCCUCCAGGCAGGGCGUGCUAUUGAAGGCCUGGCUACACUAACCGGUGCCCCCUGCGAGAGCCUGAUGCUGCAGGUCAGCUCCACUAACCCUCGCGAGGAGCCCAUUGACACUGACCUCAUCUGGGCCAAAAUGCUGAGUUCUAAGGAGGCUGGGUUCCUUAUGGGUGCAUCCUGUGGUGGGGGCAAUAUGAAAGUGGAUGAUGUGGCCUAUGAGAGCAUGGGGCUCCGUCCGCGGCAUGCCUACUCCAUCCUGGAUGUGCGGGAUGUCCAAGGCUUCAGGUUACUGCGGCUCCGAAACCCGUGGGGUCGCUUCUCUUGGAAUGGCAGCUGGUCUGACGAGUGGCCCCACUGGCCUGCUCCCCUGCGCCACGACCUGAUGCCCCACGGCAGCAGUGAGGGGGUCUUCUGGAUGGAGUACAGCGACUUCAUUAAGUAUUUUGACUCCGUGGAUAUCUGCAAGCUCCAUUCAGACUGGCACGAGGUGCGUGUGCAGGGCAUGUUCCCCAACAAAGCCAAUGGACCAGUGACGGUGACAUCGCUGACGGUGUUGGAGCGUGCUGCCCUGGAGUUUGCCCUCUUCCAGGAGGGCAGCAGGCGGUCGGACGCUGUGGACAGUCACUUGCUGGAUCUGUGCAUCAUGGUUUUCCGGGCCACCUUCACCAGCGGCAACAAGCUGAGCCUGGGCCGCCUGAUGGCUCACAGCAAACGGGCUGUCAAGAAGUUUGUCAACUGCGACGUGAUGCUGGAGCCGGGCGAGUACGCCGUGGUGUGCUGUGCCUUCAACCACUGGAGCGCUGCGCUGGCGGGCCCCACUGCUGCCCAGGCAUCCAGUCCCACCAGCAGCCGGCCGGUCACCGAUUAUUCCAGCUACAUCCUGGCCAUCUACAGCUCCCGCCUGGUGAUGGUGGAGCAGGUGGAGGCGCAGCCCACCACGCUGGCAGAUGCCAUCAUCCUGCUGACUGAGAACAAGGGCGAACGCCACGAGGGCCGUGAGGGGAUGACGUGCUACUACUUGACACACGGCUGGGCAGGGCUCAUCGUGGUGGUGGAGAACCGGCACCCCAAGUCCUACCUGCACGUCCAGUGUGACUGCACUGACAGCUUCAAUGUCGUCUCCACGCGUGGCAGCCUCAAAACACAGGACAGCGUCCCUCCCCUGCACAGGCAGGUGCUGGUGAUCCUCUCCCAGCUGGAGGGUAACGCCGGCUUCUCCAUCACGCACCGCCUGGCGCACCGCAAAGCCACCCAGGCCUUCCUCAACGACUGGAUGUCCACGAAAGGCACCCACAACCCGCUGCUCACACCCGAGGUUGCCGGACUCCACGGACCCCGACCUCUAUGACGAAGCGCCGCUCCUGCCCCACUCCUCUCUCCCGUUGCUUUCACUGAGCCCCCAGCCCAGGGUCUCCCCCCGUGCUGCCAGCACUGAGCCGUGGGGCAGGGCCGGAGCGUGGCACCGAGCACUUUGCCCUGUGCCGCAGGGCUGGGGCAAACUCUCAGGGCCGGGACCAGCUCUGCCCGCUGCCCCCCUACGCACUUUACGAGGAGCAGUCGGGGGGCACGGGGCCAUCUCAGGAUCCCACCCGCUCUGGGCACACAGCGUGGUAGCAGGGGGCUGCAGGAGAUGUGGGGGCUGGAGGUCGCUGUCAGCAUCCUGCCCAGGCACCACGCUCAGGGCUCUGCCCCGUCCUGCGGCACCGGGGCCCUGGUGCUCCAAACAAAAAAGAAUAUACCUCUGACGUCUGUCCGUCUGUGUGACCCCCUGUCUUGUCCCCUCUGUUGUCUGCUGCCAGGACUGAGUGGGCACUGAGGUACCCUACCUGGGGCUGCUGGGGUCGUCCCCACUCUUGGGGCCGGGCUGGAGGAGGCGCAGGGUUGUUGCAGAAAGCUGCUGCUGUUGGUUUUCACCACACUUGGGGGCAAAACGAGGACGCAGACCUCGGCUCCAGGUGGGGAGCAGGGCUGAUGGGUGCUGCUCCAUCCCCCCCAGCCCAUCGCAGUGUUACUAUGCAAAGGCAGCCGCUGGAAGCAGCGCCUGGAGAGAAGCCAUGCGUCCCCUCCCGGCGCCCUGCGGGGUGUACGGGGUAAUGGGGACAGAGCCGGGCUCAGCUCCCACAGCGUGGCUUUAUGGGGAGAGGGGCAGGGAUUCUGCGGGCUGAUGGUGAACCCCAUCCAUUGGGACGGCAGUCAGCACAAGGCAAAGGCCAAGAGCUGUUGGGGUCACUGGGGUUCCGUGUUGGGGUGACCCUGCGGCUGGAUGGCUUCACCCAGCUGGGUGUGUGUGCGUGUGUGUAGGUGUGUGUGUGUUGUAGGGCACUGCUCUGGGGCAGCCCGCAGCAGUGGGGGUGUGUGGCCGUGGGGUUUGUCCCUCUGUCCCUCCUGGCCCCGAGGGCUGCUGAGCCCAGCUCUGUCCGUGUGUUCUGUUUGUCGCUCUGUUCUCUCUCCCCCCGCACUUUCCUCCUCGGGAUGAUUUGUCCUUCACUUUUUCUCUCCGUCUUUCUGAGCUGUGAAUAUUUUUAACCCUGUAAAUACUGUCCAGCUCUUAAGAAAACAUAGGAUAUUUUAUCAAUUGUAAAUCAGAUCAGUAAUCCCUGUACGAUAUGAAUUAUCCAUGGGUGGUUUUCAAACUCAGGUUCUGACGGACCAAAUAAAGUUUUGUUUUUUACUGAA